CAAUGUUAGUUUGACUACACGCUCACAUUUCGUGUUGUUUGAAUAUUGUCACUCAUUCCUACCCAAUUUCAUCCCGCAGUCAUGUCGCUCGAUGGAAAUUCCGUUAAAAUCCCUCAUUCAGCUUUUGACUCUUCGUUACUCGCUACACAGCUCAAUGGCACCAAGACAACAAUUAACGGACAUGCGUCAGCAAGUAACGAGACCUCUGAGCGAUUGCAAGUCAUUAAUGAUGAGAAGAACUUCACAACCCACUUGACAUCCCAGAUAGGACGAUGGGGUCUGCGCGACGCCGGCUUCAAUUAUAACAUAGUAGCCGUCUUCGGGUCGCAGUCUACUGGGAAGAGUACACUGUUAAACAGGCUAUUUGGUACCACCUUUGACGUCAUGGAUGAGACAAGACGACAGCAGACUACGAAAGGUAUCUGGAUGUGCCGAGGGAAAGACAUGGCUGUGAUGGUCAUGGACGUGGAAGGCACGGAUGGACGAGAGCGUGGAGAGGACCAGGACUUUGAACGCAAAUCCGCUCUUUUCUCCCUUGCUUCGUCAGAGGUACUUCUUAUCAACCUCUGGGAGCACCAAGUUGGCUUAUACCAAGGUGCAAACAUGGGUCUUCUCAAGACCGUGUUUGAGGUCAACCUUGGUCUUUUCGGCAAGAAAGCUCAAGAUGGCUCUCAAGGGCGUACUCUGCUACUAUUUAUAAUCCGAGACCAUAUCGGUGUCACUCCUCUCGCGAACCUCCAAGCUACCCUUACAGCAGACCUCGAGAAAAUCUGGGAUUCCCUUUCUAAACCGCAAGACCUCCAGGAUCGUCAACUUUCGGAUUACUUUGACCUCGCAUUCACAGCACUACCUCACAAGAUACUGGCUACAGAUAAAUUCGAAGCUGAAGUGCAAGAACUGCGGAAACGGUUUGUGGACAAGACGAGAGAUGAUUUUGUCUUCAAGCCCGCCUACCACAAAAGAAUUCCCGCUGACGGUGUGGCGUUCUACAUGGAAAACAUAUGGCAACAAGUACAAACGAACAAGGACCUUGAUCUGCCUACUCAGCAGGAACUCCUCGCACAAUUCCGAUGUGACGAGAUAGCGUCCGUCGCGCUCGCAGACUUCACAGAACAGUCGAAGUCGCAGCGGAGACCUAUUGAGGCGGGCCAUGUUGUGGAAGGUCUCGGUGAUUUAAUGCGGGAUUGGAAGUCCCAAGCACUCAGCCGCUACGACCGUGAUGCAUCUCGCUAUCACCAAGGGGUAUACCAGCGCAAGCGUACCGACCUUCUUGGGGUUAUGGAUUCGACACUUUCUCCUCUCUUCCUCGGGCAGCUCAAGAACUUGCACAAGUCAUGUCUAAGCUCCUUCAAAAGGGAGCUUCUUGAAGGCUUGCGUGGUGAUGAGUAUAGCUUCGCGGACGUAGUUGGGAAGGCGCAGACAAAGUGCGAGACACGGUUCGCCGAUGGUGCGAAGGAGGUCUCGCUGGAGGACACUGACUGGACGUGGCAGGACGAAUUCGAGUCUCUCAGAGAGGAGAUUGGUAAUGUGGCUGACCAGUGCAGGAAAGAUGAGACGAAGAAGAUGAUCAACUUGAUUGAGAGGAACUUCAAAAAGCAAAUUUCUGAGCCGGUCGACAUUAGUCUCAACAAAGCUACACCAGACAUGUGGGACAAAGUCUUGAGCACGUUCAAAAAAACGCUCGAGAAGGCCGAGUCAACAUAUCUGGCAAAGGCGAAAAGCUUCAACUGCACGGAUGAUGAGAAUGUAGCAUCCCUCGCUGCUCUGCGGAAACGUGCCUGGCUCGUUCUAAGGGCCAAGAUCGACGAGCAAACUGCUGAUACUGUGAUCCUCGGCAAGCUUCGGACUCAUUUCGAAGAGCGCUUCCGCUACGAUGAGAAUGCUGUCCCCCGAGUUUGGAGACCCGAUGAUGAUAUUGAUGGGGCCUUCAAGGCAGCUAAGGAGCAGACCAUUGAUCUGAUCCCUCGUUACGCCAAGAUCACACCCAUUGAUUCUUCCCUUGAAUUUGUACUACCCUCAGAAACCUCUGAUUCCCUCAAUUCCGCGGAUGAAUUUGAUUUCCCAUCAACGCUCAUCGUCUUUACUGAGACGAAGUGUAUUGACCUUACUUCUCGCUUCCGAAAGGACGCAGAUGCAUACUACGUCGAAGCGAAACGCAGCACUGUGUCAAGUAUUGCACAAAUCCCAUACUGGAUGUACGGUGUUCUCGUCGUGCUUGGCUGGAAUGAGGCUAUGGUGGUGUUGUUCAACCCUCUGUAUUUCACGUUUACUUUGAUGGCGCUAAUAACUUCCUACUUCAUUGUCAAGCUGGGUUUGACAGGACCUUUGUUUCAAGUUUCGAAAACAGUCCUGGCUGAGGUGCAGACACAAGCUACUAACCGCAUGAGGGACCACUUUUCGCAACCUGUUCUAGCACAACCCGUGCGAACAAAUUCCUUCAGGGAUUACAAUGAGGAUAGUGAUCAGGAAAUGAGGGGAUUGAGGUCGGAGCCUAUGUAACUUCUUCCUUCAUUACUCGGAGCCAUUUGUUUUUAUAAUUCAGAGCAUGGUCUAGAUUUGUCAUUAUGCAUAAAUUCAUGUAAUUCUCACUUCUACCGCUCGAGGCACAUGUAAUUGACUUGGGAUAUUCUGUGUAUAUAAAACCAUUCCCUAGGCUUGAGUACGAAAAAAAUGAUCUGACUCAGGCUCGAACUGAGGACCUUCUGUGUGUUAGACAGAUGCGAUAACCAACUACGCCAUCA